GUGACUGGUCUCCUGGAUUUCCCGCGUUAGAUAUCGGCUCCACGCGUCUUGUACUCUUGACAGUAUUUUCUUAAUGGCAAACGUCGGAAUAUGACCACUUAAUGGUUUCAAGAAGGUGAACGGAUAGACUCGAGAAACUCCAAUUCUGGAUUAAAAUUAGUGUUAAUCAUGGCCUAUUCUUAGCGGAAUAGAAGAAGUGAUUUAAAGGUUUUAAGCAUAAUCAAAUGGGGAGGUGGACAAUGUGGCCUCAAGUGUAUAUCUCAACGAUAUUGUGCCAAAUUUCUGACAUAAGUCAAUGAUAACAAUUGAGGAUAAAAGUUUGACAUGCGUGUAUAUGUUUGUGUCAUCUAGAUAGUAAACGUAAACACUCAUACAUAAAGUGCGUCGUCUCUAAUCGAUUUUUUGGGGCAAAAGUUCAUACUAAAAUCGGGGACAGAUAGCGGUUUUAUAAGCUCUCUCUCUAACGGGACGAUCAUAUAGACACCAGAUGCCAGAAGAGACGUGUUGUACGCGCUUCUUGCGUAAGGCCAUGUCGACUAGCGUAGAUGACUUAAGGAACCCCCUAUUUUGGCGGGCAUGCGUCGGUGAGUGUCUGGGGACUCUAUUCCUAACUCUAGUCGGCUGUGGGUCGUGUAUAGGAUGGGACGACAGUACCCCGACGGUGGUGCAAAUUGCCCUGGCGUUUGGGUUAAGUGUGGCGACCAUGGUGUGGUGUUUAGCGGACAGUAGCGGUGGUCACAUCAAUCCUGCUGUGACUAUGGGAAUGUUAGUGACAAGAAAAAUAUCAGUGGCAAGGACUGGGUUUUAUAUUCUCUCGCAGUGCGGGGGUGCAAUCGUGGGCGCUGGAAUACUCAGGGGCAUGACGCCAUUUGAAAGGGUUGGAGCCCUUGGCCAGACUCUUCUAAACACGGGUAUGACACCGGCGCAGGGAUUCGCUGUGGAAUUCAUGAUUACAAUAGUGCUGGUGUUCACGGUAUUCUCGACGUGUGAUGGGACGAGAGACGAUCUCAAAGGGUCGGGACCACUUGCUAUAGGAUUAUCUGUUACGAUGUGUCAUCUUUUUGCUGUGAAGUUUACUGGUUCAAGCAUGAAUCCUGCUAGAAGUUUUGGACCAGCCGUUAUCAAUGGGAACUGGAAAGACCAUUGGGUAUACUGGAUUGGUCCUCUCUUGGGCGGCGCUGUGGCUGCCAUUCUCUACGAAUACGUCUUCGCUGGAGAUGCUACUCUUAGUCGAGCCAAAGGUUACCUCUUAGCAAGUACGGGAACCAACAGCGACAAAACACCACGAACAAUCGAUCAUCAACGAAAAGAUGACAUUGAAGUCGUGGAGGAGAAGACCUCUACAGUCUGACUAGGCGUAGACAAUAACGCCGCAUGGCGGCAUUUGAAAAAUUCAGGUGUUUGGAGUAAAAAGAACAGCGACUGCAGUCAGUCCGACGGUGGUUGUAUGUCGCGGGUGCCCGCAUGGAAAAGUAGCCCCGUACGUAGGCUAAGCGGUGUCAGCAAUAACCAUUCAGAUCAGAGGUCUACAUGCUCGAAAAGUUCGCCUCCACCUUGGACAGAGCGGGUGGAUACGGUCUCGGAUCGGAUUGGUUCCAACCGUGCCGAGAGUUCAUGUGACUCCGCGACGGAGCUUGUGAAUUUAAACAGUCCAGGGCAGAGUCUGAAAAGCUCCAAGAGCACAGAAGUAGAAAUAUGUGUGUAAUCAGUGUUCCAUAGAAGGGCGCUUUUGUAUGAGAAAGCGAUGUACAUUUCAAGGAAUCAAACUCGCACUACGAGUUCAGUAAAAAUGGAUUUAGCCCACUUUUUCUCAUAGACUUGCAGUACAUCCCCGCUACGCGAAGCGAACGCCGGUCUCAUUGUUCGACCUCCGAAUAACGUUGUCAAACAAUGUGAUAGCCGUUUCACGUUGACGUUUCGGGGGCUUUCCGAAAACUCCCGAUAUGUUUAACUUUCCGUUCAUUACUAGGAUAUAUACACGAGUGUACAUAUUUACCAACAAUUCCAAUACAAUUGUGAUGUCAUGAUUUUUCCAUGAUUGAAAUGAAACCAUGUGUCAGAAGAUUGAGUUUCUCCAUGAUCGUUCCUCGAGUUGAAAUUGGAGUUUGCAAUGCAUCAAAACGAUUGUACGGCCUCGAGAUUUUUGAAUCAACCGUCUGUGUUGACCAUGUAUUCGUUCUUGUUUGUAAAUAAUGAUUCUUCCACAAGUAAAAUCCUUACUUCCUUCCUUCC